UAAUCAAUAUUCAAGAUCAAAAACAACAACAACAAUCAUCAACAUCAUUAUUGGUAGCAUCGAAUUUAAUGUGUUUUUUCUGUUUUGAUGUACUGUAUGCACAUCUUUAUCAUAAACAACCACCUGGACGACCUGAUUUUACAAAUAAUUCAUAUCCAUUAUUUGUAACAUGGAAAAUUGGUCAAGAUAAACGUCUACGUGGUUGUAUUGGUACAUUUACGGCUAUACCACUUCAUGUUGGUCUUCGUGAUUAUGCAUUAUCAAGUGCAUUACGCGAUAGUCGUUUCAAACCGAUAACUAAAGAUGAAUUCAAUAAACUACAUGUUUGUGUUUCAUUAUUGAUGAAUUUUGAAGAUGGCAAUGAUUAUUUAGAUUGGAUUAUUGGUGUUCACGGUAUUCGUAUCGAAUUUCGUAAUGAAAAUGGUAUAAAACGUACGGCAACAUAUUUGCCUGAAGUUGCUACUGAACAAAAUUGGAAUCACAUACAAACAAUUGAUUCAUUAUUACGAAAAGGUGGUUAUCGUGGCCAGAUUAAUGAACAAAUACGAAAAGAUAUUCGUUUAACACGUUAUACAAGUGAAAAAAUUUCAAUUAGCUAUCAAGAAUAUCAUAAUUUUUGGAUUAUACAGAAUAAUAAUGAUAAUCAUCAUAAUCAUAAUCAUCAUACAUUUACAGCAGCAAAAAUUUAUUAUAUUGUUGAUCAUAAUAUUCAACCAAUUUUAACUAUAACAACAACAACAACAACUAAUAAUAAUAAUAAUAAUAAUGAUUUAAUUAAACAACAACAACAACAAACAAAUGAAUGGCCAUUAAGAUUUCAUCAUAGUCCAUGGUUACAUAAAGAAUUUAUUGUUCGUAAUUCAUAUAAUCAUCAUCAACAACAACAUCAUUAUAAUAAUAAUAAUAAUAAUGAUAAACAACAAAGAAAAAAAUUGAUUGAUACAUGUGAUGAUCCGGAUGGUGAUGGUUGUAAUCGUUGUUUUCAACCAUCCAUUCAUUGUGAACGUAAAUUAAAAUUAAAAAAACAAUUACUAGCUGAACAUUUACCUGGAUCAAGUUUAACUGUUGAUGAAUUAUUAAGUAUAUCACGUGUUGAAAAAAUGACUAAAGAAGAAAAUCGUAAAACAAUGACAUUUCAACGUUGUUUAUAUCUGAAUGAAUCAUUAAUCGAUGAAAUUUGUCAUUCGGAUCGUCGUUUAAUGCGUAAAGAUUUAUUAGAAAAUCUUCAUUUAAGAUCAUGUCGUCGAUUUAAAAUUGAACGUAGUUUAAGUAAACAUCUUUAUUCAUUAGUUAUAAAUUCAACUGAUUGUUCAAGAAUAUUAAAAGAAUUAAUAAUAUUGGAUAAUUUAGUUGAAGAUUUAGCAUGUGAAUAUGAAUCAAUAUUACAUCGUUAUGAUUGCCAAGCUAAAUGGUCAGUUGUAUGGACAUGACAAUAUGCUGGUGAACCGGUAUUUCUUUGUAUUGAUCCAAACAUACCAUUUAAUAAAAAAAUAACACCAAAUAUACCAUUCGGUGAUGAAGGAAAAUGUUAUGAUCAAUGUGAUUUAGAACCAUGUUAUAAUGAUGAAAAUGAAUCACCUGUACUUGAUUGUCCAAAUGUUCAAUCAUCAUUGUCAUCAUCUAAAUCUCAAAAACCAUUCAACGAAAUGAUCGAUAAUGAUAAUAAUAAUGAUGAUGAAAUUCAAUUGAUCGAUCAAUUUAAUGAAACAGCAAUUUUUGAUUAUAGUGCCGAACAAUUCAAUACAGAUAUGGAUAUGAUUGAUAAUGAUAAUAAUAAUGAAAUGAUUGAUGAUAAUUUUGAUGAUCAACAACAAACAACAGAAUUUUCAUCAUUAUCAUCAUUAUCAACAACAACACCUAUUGAAGAAAUUGAUUUAGGUGAUAAUUUUUUCGAUGAUACUGAUAGUGGUGAUGAUAAAAUAAUGAUGAUUGCUGCAGGUAAUGCACAAUUACAAACAAUGACAACAACAACAACA